GCCAGGUGGGCGCGCUUCCAGGUGUCCCCGGCAGAGGGCGCGGGCAGCUGCGCAGCCCGCGGAGUCCCGAGGCCGGAAGCCGCGCGGCGCCGCCCCGCUCGCCCCAGCCGUCGCCAUGAAGGCCGUGGUGCAGCGCGUCACCCGGGCCAGCGUCACAGUUGGUGGAGAACAGAUAAGUGCCAUCGGACGGGGCAUCUGCGUGUUGCUGGGUAUUUCCCUGGAAGAUACGCAGAAGGAACUGGAGCACAUGGUCCGGAAGAUCUUAAACCUGCGUGUGUUUGAGGAUGAAGGUGGGAAACACUGGUCGAAGAGCGUGAUGGACAAACAAUACGAGGUGCUGUGCAUCAGCCAGUUCACCCUGCAGUGCGUCCUCAAGGGGAACAAGCCCGAUUUCCACCUGGCGAUGCCCUCAGAGCAGGCGGAGGGCUUCUACAACGGCUUCCUGGAGCAGCUACGCAAGGCAUACCGGCCAGAGCUUGUCAAAGACGGCAAGUUCGGUGCCUACAUGCAAGUUCACAUUCAGAACGAUGGGCCUGUGACCAUUGAACUGGAAUCUCCGGCUCCUGGUGCUGCUACCUCCGACCCAAAGCAGCUGUCGAAGCUUGAAAAGCAACAGCAGAGGAAAGAAAAAACCAGAGCCAAAGGGCCUUCUGAAUCCAGCAAGGAAAGAAGCGCUCCUCGCAAGGAAGACCGCAGCGCCAGCAGUGGGGCCGAGGGGGAUGUGUCCUCGGAGCGGGAGCCGUAGGGGGCCAGGGCGCAG